AUGGGGCGUGUGGCAGCAGCUGGGGCCCUACUGGUGGCUCAGGUGGUGCUGGGAGCCUCCUCGGCUGCGGGCGCGGAGCUCUCGGGCGUGCUUCUGGAGAUGGUUAAGUCCGAGUGUCACUUCAUUAACGGCACCGACCGCGUGAGGUUCGUGAAGAGGUUUAUCUACAACCGGGAGCAGUUCCUGCAUUUCGACAGCGAUGUGGGGCUGUUUGUGGGGGACACCUCCUUUGGGGAGAAGGUUGCCAGGUAUUGGAACAGUGACCAGGAAUGGAUGGAGUACAGACGGGAUGCGGUGGACAGGCACUGCCGGCACAACUACGAGUUGUCCACCCCGUUCCUCGUGGAGCGCAGAGUGCCCCCCAGCGUGUCCAUCUCCCUGGUGCCCUCGAGCUCCCACCCUGGCACCAGCCACCUGCUCUGCUCAGUGAUGGAUUUCUACCCUGCCAAGAUCCAGGUGAGGUGGUUCCAGGGCCAGCAGGAGCUCUCGGGACACGUGAUGGCCACUGAUGUGGUCCCCAACGGGGACUGGACCUACCAGCUCCUGGUGCUGCUGGAAACCGCCCCCCAGCGCGGGGUCAGCUACAGCUGCCAGGUGGAGCACGUCAGCCUGGAGGAGCCCCUAAGCCAGCACUGGGAGAUGCUGCCAAACACCACCUGCAGCAAGAUGAUAACAGGGAUUGGGGGCUUUAUGUUGGGCUUCGUCUUCCUGAUGCUGGGGCUCAGCUUCUACCUGCACAAGAAGCUCCUGAGCUGCUGGCAGCCACAGCCCCUCUUUGUGGCCUUGGGCCCAGCCAGGACCCCCUUCUCCAUCCCCCAAUGA